AUGGAUUUGUUACCAACAUAUUGCCCUAACAAAUCGAAGACAUUUUUGUCUGUUCAAUUGGCGUAUGGGAUUACCCAUGUGGGCCAAUGUUUCGACAGGGGGGCCAAUGAUUUCCACGAAGUUCUAUGCAAGUAUGCAGUGGAACGUGGAUUCCAAUUCAAGUACAUUAAAAAUGAUUCCGUUCGUAUUACUACAGUGUGUAAGUUUGCAGCAGUUACGGGUUGUGUUUGGUCAGUUCAUGCGAGGGUGUUACCAUCGAACGGGGUGUUAUGUGUUAAGAGGUUCGAUAGUGUGCACACUUGUGGCGCUGCAGUACGGACUUAUAGAAACCCGUGUACGGGGUCUGAGUUGGUGUCUGCUGUUGUCGCAGACCGGGUGCGUGGUCAGCCAUUGGUACGCCCCAUGAAUGUUGUGUUUGAUUUAAAAAAUGAUUAUGGAUUGGACAUUAGUUACCGGGUAGCAUGGCUUGGUGUCGAGAAAGUGAGUGGUGAAGUUUAUGGGGAUCAUGCCAUGUCGUUCGACCAACUAAGGCCCGUUCGAUAUUUCAUAUCGUUCCAUGCUUGUAUAGAUGGCUUCAACCAUUGUCGACCUUUGCUCUUCCUAGACAGAACAUUCCUCAAAGGCAAGUUCAAGGGUAAUUUGCUUGCCGCUACAGCUAAGGACGGCAAUCAAGGAUUGUUUCCUGUGGCGUUCGCUAUUGUUGAUUCCGAGAAUUCAGCCAAUUGGGAAUGGGGCCAACGCUACGGUGAGAUGUGCUCUAACGCUGCCGAGUCUUUCAACAAUUAG